AUGGAUGAGUCGUCGCUAAUCAAGGCGCAUGACCAUGCCAAAGCCGCCUCCAACGCCACGCACCAGUCCGAAACCACAGUCGCCAUCAACGAACAUGCCCUUGCCGCUGGUGAAUUUGCGAACGCCGCCCGCGUGACGACCAGUAUCGAGGCUCUCCGAACCCUCAAGCUCCUAGAGCAACACCAUAAACACCUUUCCGAGCUCCUCAAACUCCCUCUCGACCGCCGCACGAGCCAGACUUCCGUAUCCGACACCAUCGACGAGAAGUCUGAAUCCGAGAGCCCAGACGCCUCUUCACCCUCCGACGAUGCGCGAACCAAGUCCGAAUCUGACCAAGCUGCCGGCGGCAGCCCCGUCGCCACAGCAAAGACUAUUCCUUCCCUGACGCAGCAGCGCCGGUAUCCAAGCCGGGAGAUGACCUCGUCCAUCGCGAGCAAUCUCGCCUCGGCGCGUGGCAUCAGAUCGAGCAGGAACCGCAGCCAGCCCAUCCCGCCAAGCGUUACUAACGACCAGGCGCCGGGCAACAUGGAGGUUCAGAGCCGGAGAGACGGCUCCAGGGCAAAGAUGCAGAACGUACUGGAUCAGUCGGGCAAGCCAGCAUGGAUACCACCCACCGUACACGCAGAGUCGAAGAGGGUGGAGGAGGCAACAUCCCCUGCUAGCGAUGACGGGUACUCUCGAUUCUACAGCACCUUCGGCAGCAUCAUCAACCGCCUCUCUGCGCCCCUAGCCUUCGCUGGUCUGCCUCUCAUCUCCGAGGAGUCUCCCGUUCCUGAGCCCGCCGAGGUAUCGGAACCAGCUCCAGUCAAGCGCAGCAAGCUCAAAUCGCCCGCCGCCCCAGCCGAGCCCGACUUGUCCAAGAUCUACUCUCGCGCCACUCUCCGCGCCAUCUCAGCGCAAAACCCGAACGACUCUUUCUACGUCGUACCUACCAGCGGGCACACCGUCUCAUACGCCAACAUCAUCAGCUUUGCCGACAAGGAAAAGCGCCGCCUCGAAGCGUCCCUCCACGGAGACAGUCUUAUCGAAGAUGACGAGGACGACUUCGUCGACGCCCGAGAGACACCCGCUCCCCUCUCCCCAAGCGCAAAACGCCGCAUCGGCAAGACACGCACCGAACGCGACCUCUCAAACACCGUAGAAGAACUCUACCUCGAAAACAAGGGCCUGAAAGAUAUGCUGGACAAACUCAGCAAACGGCUCCACGCUUUCGAAGCCAGCGCCCAGAGCUCUAGCCUUGCUCUGGCGGAAAGCAUGCGUCUAAGAAGACCAGGCUCGCCCUCCGGCACCGGUCGCGGCGGCACAGGGGGUUUAGGGGGUGACGCCGUGCUACGGAGUCGGAACAAGGAUCUCGAGGAGCAAUUAAACCUCGCCAUCCAGCGCAUGGAAGCUCUGGAGAAGGAGAACAAGACCAUGGCCCGCACGUUGGAAAAGUACCGCGAGAAGUGGGAGAAGCUCAAGGCUGGAGCUAAAGCAAGACGGCAGGCGCAGGGGUCGGCGGAGGCCACUGCGGAGGCGGAAGACGCGGCGGGCGGUAGCUGA